GAAUACGUUUUUCUCCUCGUCAACUAAAUAAAUUUUCUGUUCACAUGCACAGAGAAACUUGACAGAAAUUAUAUAAACCAUCUAAAUUAAAGUAUAUAACAUAAAGUUUUAUUAAUUGAAAGGAAUUAAAAAGCUCAGUUCUUCAAAAAAAAUUAAUAUAUGGCAUUGUUUCGGAAAUUGUUCUAUCGGAAGCCACCUGAUGGACUGCUGGAGAUUUGCGACAGAGUUUACGUAUUUGAUAGGUGUUUCACUACUGAUGUUUGGGAAGAAAAAAACUACAAAGGCUAUGUAGCAGGUAUAAUUAGCCAACUCCAGAAUCAUUACCCUGAUGUGUCAAUUUUGGCUUUCAAUUUUUUGGAGGGCGAGUCUCAAAGCCUGAUCGCGAAAGAUCUAUCAGAGCAUGACGUGACCAUAAUGGACUAUCCUCGACACUAUGAAGGAUGCCCUUUGCUCACUAUGGAGAUGAUAAACCAUUUUCUUAGAUCCAGUGAAAGUUGGCUCUCCCUUGGGCAACAAAAUGUGCUCCUAAUGCACUGUGAAUGGGGUGGUUGGCCAGUUUUGGCAUUUAUGUUGGCUGCAUUAUUGAUAUAUAGACAACAUUUCACCGGGGAACAGAAGACCUUAGACAUGAUUUAUAAGCAGGCUCCUCGCGAGCUUUUGUACUUGUUGCAACCACUGAAUCCAAUUCCUUCUCAGCUAAGAUAUUUACAGUAUGUAGCAAAGAGAAACAUAAACACGCAAUGGCCUCCAUUGGAUAGAGCACUCACUUUGGAUUGCGUCAUUAUUAGGAAAAUACCUAACUUUGAUGGUGAGGGUGAUUGCCGGCCCAUACUUCGUAUUUAUGGACAGGAUCCAUUAAUAGUUGCUAAUCGAUCUCCGAAAAUCUUGUUCUCAACACCAAAGAAAAAUAAUGUUGUCCAUCACUACAAGCAGGUAGAAUGUGAAUUAGUUAAGAUUGAUAUCAAUUGCCAUAUACAAGGUGAUGUAGUCUUGGAAUGUAUUAGCUUGAACGAUGACCGGGAAAAGAUGAUGUUUCGGACGAUGUUUAACACAUCUUUUAUUAAGUCAAACAUUCUGAUACUUAAAAGAGAUCAAAUUGACACAUUGUGGGAUGCUAAGGAUCAAUUUUCAAAAGACUUCAGAGCAGAGGUUCUUUUUUCAGAGAUGGAUGCUGUUGCUUCCAUAGAUCCUGUGGAGGACAGUGCAGAUUGGCUGAAUCAAAAGGGUGAUGCUGUUGGCAAUACGCUUCAACAAAUAGCUGCGUCAAAUUUGAUCGCGGAAAGAUUGGAAUCUUCGUCCGAGAAUACGGACACUAGCUUGCUCAUUGAUCAAGCUGCUUUAGAGAAGCCUCAGGAGAGGCAAAGAGCUGCAGCAUUAGAAAAUAUUUCUAAGGGCUUGAGACAGUCUACUUUGGAGCAGCAUGUUGGGUCAUUCUCUGAUCCGUCGUCUGAAGAAUACCAUGGCAACAAACAAAAAGCUGAGCUUCAGCUUGUUGAAACCAAAGCAUCACCAGUGUCACCUCAUGAUGUCACAACAGUGGAACAUCCUUCAUUUCAUGGACAAGAAUGUGGUAAGCUGAAAAAAGUUUCUUCUCUACCUGAAAACAAGAACCGACCACUCAUGACGGAUGUUCUCACUUCACCCCCUCCACCUUCACCAGCAAAGGAUCAAGAUAUUGUCACUGGAAAGCCUCUAUCUCCUUCUCCAAUGCCACCAACACUACUCACUCCUCCAAAGGAUAAAUUAGUCAUUGGAACUGUACCUUCUCCAUCACAGCCUACUACGCCCAGAAACCAAAGUCCUAAUACUGUAUAUUUGAAAGAUGAUAGAACUACAGUAUCUCAACCUGACACAUCUCGGCUUCCUCUUGAGAUACUUUCAAGUCCAUGUGAGAAUGACAAAAUUUCCAAAAUGGAACCUUCUCUGCGUACUUGCCCGUCUGAAAGUUCUCCUUAUCCCCAAAUGCUUAUCCCAAGUUUUUCUUCUCCAUCAGCCUCCAUACCCAAUGUCAAACCUCUAGAAGAAAAGUUGGGUAGAGAGUGUGGGCCGUUGCCGUCGCCACCACCUCUACCACAUUCAACCUCUGUAUUGGAGGAGAAUUCUGCUUCUGUUAGUGGACCUCCUCAAACUCCAGCACCUCUUACACCACCUUUGAAAAAAAAUUCAACUUCCAUUGGAGAGCCAUCACCACCACCACCGCCAGCGCCUCCUCCUCCUCCUCCUCCUCCUCCUCCUUUACAUACAACCCCUGUGUUGAAUGAGAAUUUCUCCUCAAUAAGUGGACAACCUCAACCUCCACCUCCACCUACCCCGCCCCAGAAGGAAAGAUUAGUGUCCAAAGGUGGAAUGCUACCUCCUCCACCUCCACCGCUUCCUGGGCAGUCUGUGAAGGAGAAUUCUUCUUUAACUGGUGGACCCUUUCCACCUCCACCACCUCCUUUGCCUACUGCACAUGAUUCUAGUCCUACAAAUUCAUAUGCAGUGCCAUUGCCGCCGCCGCCACCUCCUUCCCUGGAUUCAUCACUCAAGGAUAAUAACAAUCUUCCACAGACUGCUCCUGUUCCUCCUCCUCCUCCGGUUCUUUUUCCUAAGGUGCAUGUAGAAGUAAGUUCUGGUCACACACGGUCAGCAUCAAGUGGUAGUGCAGGGAACAAUCUGCCUGCUUCUCCAUCUCCACCCCCUCCUGUUGCUCCUCCACCUAAUAAAAGUUACCGACGGCUGUUGUCUAGUACUAUGACUUCAAGAAGCAAUUCAAAAAAGCUGAAGCCUUUGCAUUGGUUAAAAAUAAGUAAAACAGUCCGAGGAAGCUUUUGGGCCGAAAUUGAAAAAUGUAGCUAUGCCUCCAAGUCAUCGGUGAUUAAUAUGUCAGAACUUGAAUAUUUCUUCUCAGUUCAAAGUUUAGACCAAGCAGGUUCAGGAAGGAAUGGGAAUUCAAGGUCCAAAAUUGGGCAGAAGCCUCAGAAAGUGCAGCUGAUUGAUCAUAGACGGGCUUAUAAUUGUGAAAUCAUGCUUUCCAAGGUGAAGAUACCGCUGCACGACAUGCUGAGUUCUGUGCUAGCAUUGGAAGAUUCAGCAUUAGAUAUUGAUCAGGUUGAGAACCUGAUUAAGUUUUGCCCAACAAAGGAAGAAAUGGAGGUGCUCAAGGGUUAUAAAGGAGAUAAGGAGAUGCUGGGUAGAUGUGAACAGCAGUUUAUGUUAGAAUUGAUACAAGUCCCUCGAGUAGAGUCCAAGCUACGGGUUUUCUCAUUUAAGAUUCAGUUUCAGUCCCAGAUUUCGGACCUAAGGAACACUCUCAAUAUUGUGAAUUCAGCAGCUGAUCAGAUCAGAGGUUCAUCGAAAUUGAAAGGGAUUCUGCAGACAAUUCUGUUUUUGGGAAAUGCUCUCAACCAGGGAACUGCAAGAGGGUCUGCUGCUGGUUUCAAGUUGGAUAGCCUCCUUAAGCUAACUGAGACACGUUCGUCGAAUACUAAGAUGACUCUCAUGCAUUAUCUUUGUAAGAUACUUGCUGACAAAUCGCCUGAGCUACUUGAUUUUUCUAUAGAUCUUUCCAGCUUGGAACCUGCAUUGAAGAUACAACUGAAAUAUCUGGCAGAGGAAAUGCAAGCUGUUAGCAAAGGAAUGGAGAAAGUUAAACACGAACUGUCCAUGUCAGAAAGUGAUGGACCUGUGUCUGAGAAUUUCUGCAAGGCUCUGAAGGAGUUUCUGGGCUCUGCUGAAGGCGAAGUCGGGUCCUUAGCUCAGCUUUUUUCGGAUGUGGGCAGAAAUGUGGACUCGAUGAUUGUUUACUUUGGAGAAGAUCCAGCUCGCUAUCCAUUUGAACAAGUUGUCGCAACGUUUAUGAGCUUUCAAAGAAUGUUCAAUCAAGCACGAGAGGAAAAUCGCAAGCAGCUGGAAUUUGAGAGAAAGAAAGCAGAGAAGGAAGCUAGGGAGAAGCAGAAGACACGUGCUUCAAAUAAGAAAACUUGAAACUUUGAGCAUUCAGUGUAUAGUGCGAAUUGAUAUAGUCAUAUAUGAGCCCCUGGUUUUUGGUUCAACGGUAUAGGUAGUACCAACCGGGAGAUGUGUGGUAGGCGUAUAUCACGAGUUCGAGUCCUUCUGGGGAUCCAAGUCUGGUAUUUAAGCUGAGAAGGAUAUAAGGGCGGGCCCGUUAUCCACCAAGUUUCGGAAAUGGAGACAGCAGAUUUCUCAGCUAUCAAAAAGAAUAAAUGUUGUCAUACAUCAAUCACCAUAUGCUCCUGCAAACAUACAUUGUGGAUAUGUCUGCGGACAUCACAAAGCUUUCAAUGGACUGAAGCAAACUCCCUGAGCCUUUUCUCUUGUUUCAGCACUAUAGUGGAACUUGCAAAUAGUUGCAUAUCAUAGCAAAGCUUUCCUAAGAUUGAAGAUCGAUGAUGUAGCAUUAAUUAUGUUAGAUUGUCCCAUAUUGGUUGAGGAAAUUGACUGUUGUCUCCUUCAAUGGUGUUGGACAAUGAUCACCUUAUAGCUUUUGAGGUUAAGUUCGGCCCAAGGUUCAUUUUCUUAAAAUUGUCAAAGUGGAACAUACAAGUAUAGCCAAAUCAAGAUGAGAUGGGACGGUCGUUCAGAGGCUGUAGAGGGACUACCAUAGGAAAGCUCGCCUCCGCUAGCUAACAUAGAAAGAGAUUCCCCAUAGCAGUAGUCUCUAUGUGAAUCUCUUCCCGACCGGCAGACCGAAUCGGGGCACCACUUGGGAUGGUAAACAAGCUCUUUGAGCUUUUUCACAUGCUUUAGCACUACAUUUGAAGUUGUUCUACAUAGUAGUAUAGCUUCCCCUAGAUUGACGAUCCUAGGGGAGUGAGAAGUCAGUUCUACCUGGUGAAAGUAGACAAUUUUUGUGUGGAAAAGUUGGCAAUGCAUACUGUACUGUUAUCUAACAGAAUCUCUAGCAGGUAAGAUUACUUCCAAGAUGUGUCAAAUGUGAAUAUUCACCGGGGAAGAUGUAUAGAAAGAUUUUGGAGGAUAUGCUCAUAUAGCCGACCCCAACUUGUUUAUAGCCGACCCCAACUUGUUUAGUACUAAGAUGUAGUUGUUAUUGUUGUUGGCUAUUAGUUUUGUAUUUUUUGUAUUUUGUGUUUCAGUCUCUCGAUUCAAUUACCUUUUUGUCCCCAUGUUAUGACGGUCGUGCUCGUCUUGGACUUAGUUGUGCCCUUUGGGUCGGCCAGGCUCAUGAGAUGCCGAUGUCAAUGAGGAAUGCAGAAGCGGAGCCUUGUAGCAACGGUAAAGUUGUCUCCAUGUGACCUAUAAGUCACGGAUUCGAGUCGUGGAAGCAGUCACUAAAUUAGGGUAGGCUAUCUACAUCACACCCCUUGGGUGCAGUCCUCCUGCGGACCCUGCGUGAACGCGGGAUGCAUUUGUGCACCGGGCUGCCGCCUCUUUUGUCACCAUGGCUUUUUGUAAAUACAUUAUGUUAUUCAGGUCAUGUUCCUUUUAUAGCAAUAGAUCAAAUAUGCAUAUACAUGCAGUUGAAUA